AUGAAAAAGAGCCAUGAGUUCAUCAACAUCAUUGAAACCUGCGGAUUACAAGAUCUUAGGUUUUGUGGUCAGAGAUACACUUGGUCUAAUCACAGGGGUAUAUUUUUCAGAAUUUGGAAGAGACUUGAUAGAGGAAUGGUCAAUGAUAAAUGGCUAGAGAUGAUGCCUCAAACUUCCAUUACUCAUUUACCCUCGGUGGGUUUAAGUCAUUGCCCUUUACUGCUAGAGAUGACUGAUCACAACCAACACCACACCAAAUAUUUCAAAUUCCUUAACUGUUGGACAAAACAGUCAUCCUUUUUGGAUACUGUUAGUAAUUGCUGGAACAGGACCAUGGAGGGUAAUCUAAUGUGGUGUUUUCAUCAAAAAAUGAAGAGGUUGGCAGCCAUUCUUAGUACCUGGUCCAGACUGCAAUUUAGGGAUAUCUAUGCCAAAGUUAAAGAAUAUGAAGACAAGGCUAGACAGGCUGAAAAGGAGCUGAUCACUGUAAAUUCUGAAGAGAAUAGAACCAAGCUACAUGCCCUCAAUACUGAGUAUAUUAAAUAUCUGAAAAUGGAGGAGUCCAUAUUAAAGCAAAAAACUCAGUUGCAUUGGUUCAAAGAGGGUGAUAUGAAUUCUAAGUACUUUCAUGCUUUGAUAAGAGGAAGAAGAAGGAAACUAUAUAUCCAUAAGAUCCAGAAUGAGGAUGAUAAUUGGGUACAAGGUGAAGAAAAUAUAGCCAAAGCUUCCUGUGAACAUUUCCAAAGCAUUUUCACCGGUGAGGAAACACAAAUUCAAGAGCAUAUUCUCUAA